AUGGCAAACACAAAGCUGCCAAACCUUUACAGCGAGCUUUACGGGUCGCUUGACCCGAAUACAAAUGAAAUACGUCUCGUCGCCUUUGAGCAGCCACAGCCCGAUUCACCACUUCUGCACCUCACUCUGAGCACCCACGCUUUGGACGACAUCACCGAGGAAUAUGCCACCGCUGUCACUCUCGGAAACGAUGCACACGACAGCAUCCAGCUGCGACGCAGGACAGUAUCUGGGUGGGCCAGACGGUUCCGAAACGAGCCCGGCGCUCGGCCGCCCGAUGGAGCCGCCCGCUUCCGGUGGGGCGACUACGCCGCUCUCUCCUACGUCUGGGGCUCCGAGACCGACCGGCGGCCCAUCGUCCUCAACGGGGCCGAGACCACCGUGACGGUCAACCUCGAGGUCGCCCUGCGUGCCAUGCACCGGACCGGGCACUACACCGGCAACUUCAGGCUCUGGAUCGACGCCAUCUGCAUCAACCAGGCCGACGAGGAGGAGCAGGCCGCCCAGGUGGCGCGCAUGCGCGACAUCUACAGCGGCGCGUGGGGGGUGGUGGCGUGGCUCGGCGAGGCGGGCGGCUACAGCGAUGACGCCUUGGAUCUGCUCGAGACCUUCGCGGGCAUGGCGGAGGAGAGCCAGCAGCGGCCGUUCGGACAGCUGCGGCUGCCGUCGUCGUUCUUCUUCGGCAAUCGCUUCUCGGGGCUCAAUGCGCUGAUGGAGCGGCCGUACUGGUCGCGUCUCUGGGUGGUGCAGGAGGUCGUCCUGGGCGCGUCGGCCACGGUGCUGCGGUGCGGAGACAGGCGGAUGGACUGGGUGACUUUCUGCUCUGCGAUCGACGUGCUGUUCAGGGCGGACAUGUGGCUCAUCAAGGACGAACUGCUGCGGUCCGAGCAGGAGCGGCGUAGCGAACCCGACGCCAAGCCGGCGUGGUCGACGCUCUGGUUGCAUCUCGUGCACAAGGACCUCCGCAUCCUGAGCCGAUACCACGAAGAGUACGACGGUCGGUGGCUGGGACUACGCCGGCUGCUGGACAUCGCGUGUUCGUCCGAGUGUCGUGACAGACGCGAUAAGGUGUUCGCCCUACUUGGGAUGAUGGACCCCCAGAUCGCCAAGUCCUUGUCGCACGACUACUCGAUGAGUUCCGCCAUCCUUUUUGCGUCUGUCUCGAGAGCAUUCAUCACCCGAUCGAACAACCUGGAGGCGCUCCGAGAGGGAAACCCUUGGGGCCACUCCGGGGCGCCAUCUUGGGCAGCCGACUGGACGUGGAAAGGCCGGCUGAGGUACUCCCGGCCGGGGAUGCCGCUCUGGGGUUUCUGGCAGGUCUCCCACGAGCCGGAACCGUCAUUGGCCGAGGAGGUCUACCGCGCUGCCGGAGAUCGGGCCGCCGAGUUCAACUUUGUCGGGCCGCGGAUUCUCCGCUGCAAAGGGUUCGUGUUUGACCGCGUGGCCGGUUUGGGAGCCCCCGGUCGAGGAUAUUGGAUGUGGGACGAUGGCAAGUUGAUACAGUAUCCCUCAUGGCGGAGCGGCUACGGUGGUUACAAGGAGACGGCAGCGGCUCUCUGCCGAACGCUUCUGCUUGAUCGGCUCAGCGGCAGCAGACGAGCCGAACCGCGCCAUGCCGCGGUCCUAAGCCUGCCUAAGAACUUCGAAGUGGCAAGGCCGCAGUUCGAGAGGCUUGGCUGGGUGUGGAUGUCAUCGCAGGAGGGCUACUAUUUCAGGUACAAUCUCUGGAGAGAAGCCAACGACAACCUACAAAUGGGAGAGGACACUCGGCUCGGUGACUACUUCUUUAACACAAUAAGAGACGAUUUUGAAGAGCAAGACUACGCGGAAGUGUACGGAGCCUUUGACCGGACUUGUAAGGAGAGACGGUACAUGCUCACCGAGAAAGGUUAUAUGGGCUGGGCACCGGACAACAUCAUCGGAAACGACGACCACCAAACCAGGAAAGGUGACCUCUUAUGUAUCAUUUUUGGGUGUUCGGUGCCAUUGGUUAUCAGGCCAUGGAUCGGUGGAUAUGAAGUGGUGGGUGAGGCGUAUGUAGAUGGGUUUAUGGACGGAGAAGCAUUGAAAUUGUUGGAAUCGGGGCUAUGUCAGGUCCAGGAUUUCGCGCUAUCUUGA